AAGCCAGUCAGUAGCAUCCCUCCAUGGCCUCUCAUCUGCUCCUGACUCCAGGUUCCUGACACACUUGACUUCCUGUCCUGACUUCCUUCAGUGGAAGUGUAAGCCAACUAAAUAAACCCUUCCUCCCAAACUUGCUUUUUGGUCAUAGUGUCUCUUCACAGCAAUAGAAGCCCUGACUAAGACAGCGACCCAUUCUGGGUACGUCUGGUGAACAAGGCUCUCAAAGGAUCAGGGCCACAGACUUAAGAAGAGCUCUUCCAGCCCCUACACCUCAUAGGCUCUUGAUCUACUAACUCUAUGCUUUCCCACACACCCUGUAAAGUUGCCCCUCGUCCUCAAACUGCCCCUGCCUAAUCCUGUCCCUGGCAGACUUCCACUGGAUCGCUACAGUCUCCAGCCUUGGCUCCCAUUUCCAGUGCUGGGAUUUUCCUCAGUUUACUGGGGGCAAGCCAUCUGUCAUUUCUGAGACCCAGCUCUCUCAUUUACAAACUAGGAAAUACGAUUUCUGUCUUCUACAAUCAUUGUGAGGAUUACAUGAAAUAUGACUGCAAAGUGCCAAUCACAGCUAGUGGUCUAUAGUAAGUAUUCAGUAGGUGCUAAUUCCAACUCCAUGGCUUUCACUGCACCUCCUCCCCAAGCUCUUGGGGGCCUCUGUCUCCCGGAGCUGGGAAUCAAAUCUUCAGGGUUCCUGGAGCAGAUUAGUUUUGAAUGUCACUUAAUCCUGGUCGUUCUUCCACAACCUGAGCCGUGAAAGGGCAACCUGAAUUCUGAUAGGGACAGGGUUGAUAUAAACCCAUGUAAGUGACCAGAUUCAUAGGUAAUGCAGGAUGGAGUUGCAGGCUGGAGCCCAGCUGCUGCUGCGGCUGCUGCUGUGGGUGAUAUACUGUGGAGAUGCGCAGAGAGUGAAAGAAGCACGAUAUGCAUCGAUUGUUGACGUGACCAACGGCGGGACCUGGGGUGACUGGGCCUGGCCUGAGAUGUGUCCUGAUGGAUACUUCGCCAGUGGGUUCUCCAUCAAGGUGGAGCCCCCUCAGGGCAUUCCUGGGGAUGACACAGCUCUGAACGGGAUCCGGCUGCACUGUACUCGAGGGAAUGCCAAGCAGAACACCCAUGUUGUGGAGUCUCAAUCUGGAAGCUGGGGCUCAUGGAGCGAGCCUCUGUGGUGUCCUGGCACCCACUUCCUAGUGGCUUUCUCCCUUCGGGUGGAACCGUUUUCAUUUCCCGGGGACAACACUGCGGUGAACAACGUGCGUUUCCGUUGCUCGAAUGGUGUGGAGCUGGAGGGGCCUGGGCUGAGCUGGGGAGAUUACGGAGACUGGAGCAACUCGUGUGCCAAAGGUGUCUGUGGCUUGCAGACCAAAAUCCAGAAGCCUAGAGGCCCCCGUGAUGACACUGCGCUUAAUGACGUCAGGAUAUUCUGCUGUAACUCCUGAAGCUGUUGCUGUGGCCCACUCUCCCACUGGACCCUGCCAGUGCUGUGCCUCUUACUAUUAAAGCUUCUUGGUCUUG